AAAUGAGUAAAAUUCCAAUGCUUUAGAUGAAACAAAUUCUUGAUCAAAGAAUAGAUUACAGUUCUCCAAUAACUUAAAUAGCAAUGAAGAAAUUGGGAUUGACUCAAAGAGCAUUAUAAAGAAUGAAUUAUUUAGAAUAUAUGACCUCAAAUAAUAGUUAGUAAGAUUAUUUUUUGUAUUUGAAUGCUGUUGCAAUGAAUAUCAAGAAACUUUAAUAAGAAAUUGCAAAAAUUAAUCUAAAAGAUAAAUCUAUAGAUUGUACUGAUCCUGGAAAUGUUGAUGAAAUCAUAGCAUUAUUGGAUAAAAGAAAUAAAAACAAAAUUCAUACUAGUAGCUAACCUUUUGUAACAUCUAAUCGAGAUAAGACUUUUGAACUAGAUGAUACAUUGGAAUGUGAGAAAUAAAAAAAUAUUAGAUUAACAAUUAAAGGAAUAAAAUCGAUUACAGAAAGGAAUAACCUAAAAAGUAAUUAAUAAGUAAAUUAAAAUUCUAUUUGUAAUUCUUCUAGUCCAUAAAAGAUUAUAUUGAAAAGUAAACACCUAAUUAAUAAAUUUAGAAUUGGUGAUUUCAAAUCAUUAAAGUGUUGCAGAAUUAUUUUAGAAAUAAUAAUAGGCUUCAAUAGAUGUGAAUUCGAUGGAAUAGUUAAAUGAAUCAAUAAGAAGAAAUUAAUUUGAUAAAAAUGUUGCAAUAAUGUCAGGAAUAAAGAAUAGAUUAAAAGAUAAUUUGAAUUAAAAGAAAUCGAUUGAUGAGUUUAUGUAGAAAAUAUCAAAGUUAAGAAGUAUAUCAUAAUAAUCAAUUGAUUCUGGUAGAAAAGUACCAAAGUAGUUGAUAAAAUUAGGUUAGUAAAAGUAAGGAAAUGUGAUUUCAACAAAAUUAGAGAUGAUGUUGAGAAGAGAGAGAUUGAUUAGAGAAGAGCCAUUGAAAAUACACUAAGUAAAAUUAGGGAAUAUAAUGGGAGUGAUUUCUAAAAUAAGGAAUCAGCAGACAAAGAUGAAGAUGUUUUAAUAAGUAAAUAAUGAUUUUUGGUGAUAAUAAAGUUAAAUUACUAUUUAUAGAUAAAAUAGUUGAAAUAAUAAAAGUUACAU